AUGUAUCGAUCUUCUUUAAUAACAUCCAAGUCUUUGCUUAACAACAGAUUAAAUCCAAUAAUAUACAGAAAUUCAAUUAUAUCAACCAAACCAACUUCAAUAAUCUCAUCUCAAAGAUUUUUGCACAAUACUUCUAUAAUUUAUCAAUCAACAAAGGAUAAAUCAAAUACUCAACAAAAUCAAAAUCAAAAUCAAAACAAAACCCACAAUUCUAAUAGUAAUGCUCCGCCUCAAUCUCCAAUUAGUGUUUUCUUUCAAACUUUUAAACAAGAAUGGGCCAAAAACGAGCAAUUAAAGGAUGAUAUAAAAGCUCUUCAAGAUGAAACCGGUAGAAUGAGUGAGUCUGAAGCCUUUAAAAAAGCAAGAGAAGCUCUAGAAAAGGCUCAAAAGGGCACUACAGUUGUUGGGAAAACACUUAAAAAAACUGGUGAAGUCGUUGGUGAUGCUGCUGUAAAAGCAUGGGAAAGUGAAGCAGGAAAAACUACAAGAAAAGUUGUUUCUAAAACUGCAAAGGCAAUUGAUGACACUAUCGAACCUGUUAGACAAACUAAAAUUUAUAAAGAUGUCUCCGAAGUUAUCGAUGAUGGUGACUCAUCUGCUUAUGGUGGUUUCAUUGAUAAAAAACAUCGUAGAGAAAAACGUGAAAUGGAUUUCAAAUCAGGUAAAAAACACUUACCAAUCAAAUCAAAAGAUGAUGUUGGUAACGCAUUGGUUAAUACUGAUUAUAAAGUAUCAACACCAACAUUUGGUGAAAAAUGGGAAAAUUUUAAAAUCACUUCUCCAGUCGGCAAAGUUAUAGCAGAUUUAAGAUUAAGAUGGGAUGAAAGUGAUAAUGGUUUAGUCUCAAUCGUAAGAACUAUAUUUGAAAAAAUUAGUGGCUUUUUCACUGAAAAUGAAAAUGCAAGAGUGAUUAAAAGCUUUAGACUAAUGGAUCCAACGUUUAAAAUUGAAGAAUUCCAAAAAAAUCUUAGGGAAUAUGUUUUACCCGAAAUUUUGGAUGCCUAUGUUAAAGGUGAUGAAAAAGUCUUAAAGACUUGGUUAAGUGAAGCCCCCUUUAACGUUUGGAAUGCAUCAACCAAACAAUAUAAAGAAAAGGGUUCAUACUCUGAUGGUAGAGUGUUGGAUAUCAGAGGUGUUGAUAUUGUUAGUGCAAAAUUAUUGCCUCCUGCAAAUGUCCCAUGUUUUGUUGUUGGUUGCAGAGCUCAAGAAAUUCAUUUAUUCAAAGACAUUAAAACCAAUGAAGUCACUGCUGGAACUGAAUCAAAUAUUCAAUUGUCAACUUAUGCUAUCGUAUUUACAAGAUUACCUGAAAAUAUGGACGAUAAAGAAACCGAAGGUUGGAAAGUAUUGGAAUUUGUUCGUGCAGGCUCUCGUUCAUUUACUUAG